AACAUUACAUCUCAUCUACUCUGAGCUCAGAUUCCAAAACGCUAUAUGUCACUUUUCAGAAAUGUUCGUAAAUUAGCUUUUAUUGUUUACAGAAAUUAUGAAUGAGAUGUUUUUUUCACUAUCUAAUCAUGACAUGGGGUCGUUCAGUGACAGACGUGUAUUUGUUUAAUGUCUUUCACUUGAUGUUUCAUUUCAGAGAGAAAAAUAAUCAUGUUUAUUUUGCUAAAUGCUAUAUAUCUGCCUCACUCUCAGAGAAAUCAGUAGUUCUGCUAGGUUUUACACAGUAAUAAUAUAUAUCUGCCUCACUCUCAGAGAAAUCAGUAGUACUGCUAGGUUUUACACAGUAAUAAUAUAUAUUUGUCUCACUCUCAGAGAAAUCAGUAGUUCUGCUAGGUUUUACACAGUAAUAAUAUAUAUCUGCCUCGCUCUCGGAGAAAUCAGUAGUUCUGCUAGGUUUUACACAGUAAUAAUAUAUAUCUGCCUCACUCGCAGAGAAAUCAGUAGUUCUGCUAGGUUUUACACAGUAAUAAUAUAUAUCUGCCUCACUCUCAGAGAAAUCAGUAGUUCUGCUAGGUUUUACACAGUAAUAAUAUAUAUCUGCCUCACUCUCAGAGAAAUCAGUAGUACUGCUAGGUUUUACACAGUAAUAAUAUAUAUCUGCCUCACUCUCAGAGAAAUCAGUAGUUCUGCUAGGUUUUACACAGUAAUAAUAUAUAUCUGCCUCACUCGCAGAGAAAUCAGUAGUUCUGCUAGGUUUUACACAGUAAUAAUAUAUAUCUGCCUCACUCUUAGAGAAAUCAGUAGUUCUGCUAGGUUUUACACAGUAAUAAUAUAUAUCUGCCUCACUCUCAGAGAAAUCAGUAGUACUGCUAGGUUUUACACAGUAAUAAUAUAUAUCUGCCUCACUCUCAGAGAAAUCAGUAGUACUGCUAGGUUUUACACAGUAAUAAUAUAUAUCUGCCUCACUCUCAGAGAAAUCAGUAGUACUGCUAGGUUUUACACAGUAAUAAUAUAUAUCUGCCUCACUCUCAGAGAAAUCAGUAGUACUGCUAGGUUUUACACAGUAAUAAUAUAUAUCUGCCUCACUCUCAGAGAAAUCAGUAGUACUGCUAGGUUUUAUACAGUAAUAAUAUAUAUCUGCCUCACUCUCAGAGAAAUCAGUAGUUCUGCUAGGUUUUACAGAGUUUCAUAAAGAACUGUACAAAUGAUACAUUUGACAUCAAUAUACAACAUUUUUUAAACCAUUAUUAAAUACAGUAAUAUUAGAUCUGUAUUUAAACAUUUAGUUUUGAAAUCAGCAUAUGUUUUUAUCCAGGGCAUGGGGUAGGGGUACCAGGAAAAUAAUGAGACUAUAAGGAGUACCAGUCCUGAGUCAAUGUGCAGGGGUACCAGGUAGUUGAGGUAAUAAUGAGACUAUAAGGAGUACCAGUACUGAGUCAAUGUGCAGGGUACCAGGUAGUUGAGGUAAUAAUGAGACUAUAAGGAGUACCAGUACUGAGUCAAUGUGCAGGGUACCAGGUAGUUGAGGUAAUAAUGAGACUAUAAGGAGUACCAGUACUGAGUCAAUGUGCAGGGUACCAGGUAGUUGAGGUAAUAAUGAGACUAUAAGGAGAACCAGUACUGAGUCAAUGUGCAGGGUACCAGGUAGUUGAGGUAAUAAUGAGACUAUAAGGAGUACCAGUACUGAGUCAAUGUGCAGGGUACCAGGUAGUUGAGGUAAUAAUGAGGCUAUAAGGAGAACCAGUACUGAGUCAAUGUGCAGGGUACCAGGUAGUUGAGGUAAUAAUGAGACUAUAAGGAGUACCAGUACUGAGUCAAUGUGCAGGGUACCAGGUAGUUGAGGUAAUAAUGAGACUAUAAGGAGAACCAGUACUGAGUCAAUGUGCAGGGUACCAGGUAGUUGAGGUAAUAAUGAGGCUAUAAGGAGAACCAGUACUGAGUCAAUGUGCAGGGUACCAGGUAGUUGAGGUAAUAAUGAGGCUAUAAGGAGUACCAAUACUGAGUCAAUGUGCAGGGUACCAGGUAGUUGAGGUAAUAAUGAGGCUAUAAGGAGUACCAAUACUGAGUCAAUGUGCAGGGUACCAGGUAGUUGAGGUAAUAAUGAGGCUAUAAGGAGUACCAAUACUGAGUCAAUGUGCAGGGUACCAGGUAGUUGAGGUAAUAAUGAGGCUAUAAGGAGUACCAAUACUGAGUCAAUGUGCAGGGUACCAGGUAGUUGAGGUAAUAAUGAGGCUAUAAGGAGUACCAAUACUGAGUCAAUGUGCAGGGUACCAGGUAGUUGAGGUAAUAAUGAGGCUAUAAGGAGUACCAAUACUGAGUCAAUGUGCAGGGUACCAGGUAGUUGAGGUAAUAAUGAGGCUAUAAGGAGUACCAAUACUGAGUCAAUGUGCAGGGUACCAGGUAGUUGAGGUAAUAAUGAGGCUAUAAGGAGUACCAAUACUGAGUCAAUGUGCAGGGUACCAGGUAGUUGAGGUAAUAAUGAGGCUAUAAGGAGUACCAAUACUGAGUCAAUGUGCAGGGUACCAGGUAGUUGAGGUAAUAAUGAGGCUAUAAGGAGUACCAAUACUGAGUCAAUGUGCAGGGUACCAGGUAGUUGAGGUAAUAAUGAGGCUAUAAGGAGUACCAAUACUGAGUCAAUGUGCAGGGUACCAGGUAGUUGAGGUAAUAAUGAGGCUAUAAGGAGUACCAAUACUGAGUCAAUGUGCAGGGUACCAGGUAGUUGAGGUAAUAAUGAGGCUAUAAGGAGUACCAAUACUGAGUCAAUGUGCAGGGUACCAGGUAGUUGAGGUAAUAAUGAGGCUAUAAGGAGUACCAAUACUGAGUCAAUGUGCAGGGUACCAGGUAGUUGAGGUAAUAAUGAGGCUAUAAGGAGUACCAAUACUGAGUCAAUGUGCAGGGUACCAGGUAGUUGAGGUAAUAAUGAGACUAUAAGGAGUACCAGUACUGAGUCAAUGUGCAGGGUACCAGGUAGUUGAGGUAAUAAUGAGACUAUAAGGAGUACCAGUACUGAGUCAAUGUGCAGGGUACCAGGUAGUUGAGGUAAUAAUGAGACUAUAAGGAGAACCAGUACUGAGUCAAUGUGCAGGGUACCAGGUAGUUGAGGUAAUAAUGAGACUAUAAGGAGUACCAGUACUGAGUCAAUGUGCAGGGUACCAGGUAGUUGAGGUAAUAAUGAGGCUAUAAUUGAGAUAAUAUGUACAUGUAGGUAGAGGUAAAAGUGACUAGACAAUCAGGAUAGAGAUUACCACUCCUCAUCCAGGAGUGCACACACACACACACAUACACACACACACACACACACA